AUGAUAGUUUUUAUAUUUUUGGUAGCAUUGGUGGUGAGUCAAAGAAGAUUCAGAUGUUCUGACUGAAUUUUGUAAUCAGAUUUAGGACUGUUAACUUGACUGCAGCCCGAAAUUAGAACGGACCAUUUUCAGUCUUCUGGGCUGCUUCAGAAUGGACCAAACUUUUUCAACUCAAAAAAUGAUCCGCUUUCUGAGUUUCGUAGAAGAUUGCCACGUGGAUUUUUGAAAAAUUAAAAAAUAAAACACGUGGCAGGAAUUCUUGAAUUUGACUUUUAAUUCAAAUACAAAAAAGGGGUUUUGGCGCUAAAAAAUCAGGGUUCCAAAAAUUCCCAAAACUCAAAUUUUUUCCAGUCAACAUGCACUGCAUAUCGACCAGGAUUCCAAAAAAAUCGUGAAAUUGUGACGAGUUCCUCAUCAGCUAUUACAGUAAAUGUCGGAUAUUUCAAUCAAAAAUUGGAUCAUUUGAAUCUGAUGAGCAAUGUUAACUUCACACAAAGAUAUUUAUAUUCGGAUCAUUAUACGACAAAUAAAAAGCUUGCUCUGCUUUUGAUCUCGGAAGAAACAAGUUUUGAAGCGGGAUUUGUGAGUUUUUGAUUUUCUGAACUUGGACUCCAAACAUCAAUGAAACCGACCGAAUUUAUUGCGCUUUUUUAACACCCUUGUCCUUUCCUUCUUAUCAGCAAUCCUUAAAAUAAUGUCGACAAAAAGAACAAAAAAUUAAAUUUUUUAAAUAAAAAAAUUCAAAAAAUUUCCUUCCAGCUGACCGAUGAAUCAAGUCAAAUCGCCAAAAACGCUCAAAGAUUCGGCGCCACAACUUUUGCCCUUGAACAUAGAUUCUAUGGAGAUUCAAAACCAUUUCCAUAUCUGAACUCAACAAGUCUCCGAUAUCUUUCAUCACUUCAAGCAAUUUUCGACAUCUCCGAAUUCAUCAACUACGCUAACAAACAAUUCAACUUCGAUUCAGAUGUGAAAUGGGUGUUAUUCGGUAUUGGUUAUGGUGGAGUUUUAGCCGCAGAAGCACGAAAAGUUUUUCCAAAUCAAAUCACUGGAGUUAUCGCAAGUUCCGCUCCAGUCAAACAUGUUUAUGAUUUCUGGCAAUACAAUGAUCAAGUUGCAGUUGGUAUUGAAAAUAUUGGCGGUGAUAAUUGUGUUGCUAAUAUUUCACAAGCUUUCAAAGAUGUUGCCAAUCUUAUGACUACUGUAGAAGGAAGAGCUAAUCUUUCGGAUGCUUUUAGAUUGAAUCCAAGAUUUGAUCAAACUAAUUUGACUGCUAAUGAUAUUCAAAGUUUCUAUGCAUCUAUAAUGUUGCCAAUUCAACAAGUUGUUCAAUUCAAUAAUGAGGUAAUUCAGGUUAACCUUAAAAUAUUUAAAAAAUAUUUUUUUUGUAGUUUGGUGUUCAAGUAAGUCGUGUGUGCAAUAUUAUGGCCAACAACAACUACACUUCAAUUCAAAACCUGUAUCUCGUAAACAAUUAUGUGUUUUCUGGACAAGAACCCAUAUUUUCAUCAUACUCGCAAGUUCUUUCGUAUUAUACAGACGUGAGCAGCACUUCACAAUAUUCUGAAGCUCGAAUUUCAUUCUGGCAACGUUGCACAGAAUUCGGAUUCUUUUUCACAACUAAUUCGGAUAAUACCAACAGUAUUUUUGGAGCCAUUUUGCCUUCCAGUUAUUUUGUCAAUUUGUGUAUGGAUAUUUUCCCGGAUGCCAGUAUUUCGGCGACAACUAUUCGAGAUGCUGUUGAGACAUACAACAGCUUCUAUGGAGCCGCAGAUGAUUACAGUGUGAGUUUUUCGGGUGUUUGUUAAAAAUCCAAUUUUUUUCAUAAUUUUCAUAUAUUUUUCAAAUUUUACAAAAUUUUUUAUCGAUUUUUUCAAUUUUUCCAAAAUCCCUCCCCUAAAAACUCACCAAUCGCUUCUAUUUCUCAAAAAAAUCAUUGAAACUCCGAAAUCCUCCAAGUUUUCCACAUAAUUGACAUUGAAACCCAAUUGUUCAUCAAUAUUUCAAGCUGAAAAUAAGAAAAUUUGAAUUUUUCAUGUGCCAUUGAGUUCUGUUAACUCCAUUUCUGUUUCUAGGGGCUCUCUGGGUCUCACAACAAUUUUCCAGCUAUUUUUUUAGAAGUUUACAGCAAAUUCUUACCCUCUCCAGUUCGAAAAAUCAAUAAUUCCAGCUUGCUCCAAAGUGUCAUUUCCAGAACAUGAAUUUGACAUAAAAAUCAUGCGAAAAUCUCAAAUUUCGUCAAAUUUCCAUCUAACAUCGCUUCAAAUUCAACCAACAAAUCAUUUUGACCCUGAAAACACUAAAAUUUCAAUUGAAACAGUGUUUCUCUAGAAAAAACCCACAUUUCUUCGAUAAUCCUCGAAUUUUCCGUUGGAAGCGAUAAUUCCAGCCUUGUAGAAAAUCUAAAAUUUCAAUUUUUGCCUGAAAUCCACUGAUUUUUCCCGGAAACGCGAAAUCCCAGCGAAAAAAAACGAAAAAUAAAAAAUAUUCUCGUGUUGCGCUAAACAGUGGGCAAGCGGAGUGUCGUUGUAAAAGUCAAACAAAUUCAAUAAAUUUUCUAUUUUUGUGUCAAUAUAUAUUACUUUUUAUGUGUUUUAUUUUCUCAGAGAAUUAAGGUUCAAAUUUUUUUCCGGAAUUCUCAAAAAAAUUCACAAAUUUUUCCAGGGAACCAAUGUUGUCUUCACAAACGGUUGGUACGAUCCAAUGGGUCGAAUGGGAAAAACAACAUCCAAAGACAUUUCGGUUGUCAUUUUCCUCAUCGCCGAAGCCUCGUAUGGAGCUGAUAUGCUUGCUGGAAACGGAACAACUCUAUAUAUUGAGCAAGCUCACGCAAUUGCUACUGAUAAUAUUAACACCUGGUUCAAUAAUCCACCAAAUCCCGUGACAUUUGUGAACACUACAAAUCCUUGGACACGCCCACAAGGAUUUGGACAACAAAGUGUUCCUGUUGCACAAUUUUCAGCGCUUCCAGAAGAUCGACCAACUAAGAGACAGUAUCCGAAGUCAAAGCUCAAUAAAAAAGUGCUUCUUGGUCGUCCACCACAUGGAUUCAAACCUGCUCCAGAUGGCAAUGAAUUAUCGGAUUUGCCAGUUGGAUUUGAACAAGGAACAUUCCGCCAAAGAGUUGAUCAUUUCGAUAACACAAAUUCAAAUUAUUUCCAACAAAAAUAUUUCAAAAAUUCACAAUGGGCGAAGCCAAAUGGUCCAAACUUCUUAAUGAUUGGAGGUGAAGGUCCAGAAUCUGCUAGAUGGGUGUUGAAUGAGAAUAUCACUUAUUUGACAUGGGCACAGAAAUAUGGAGCAACCGUAUAUUUGCUCGAGCACAGAUAUUAUGGAGAUAGUAUUGUUGGAGAUAAUAGCAAUUUGCAAUGGCUCAAUUCACUUCAAAUGCUUUAUGAUCUUGCUGAUUUUAUUCGAGCUGUCAAUCGAAAAUCGACAACUCAAGCACCAUGGAUCACAUUUGGUGGAUCUUAUUCGGGAGCAAUGUCGGCUUGGAUGCGUGAAGUUUUCCCUGAUCUUGUUAUUGGUGCUGUCGCAUCAUCUGGACCGGUCUACGCGAAAACUGAUUUCUAUGAGUAUUUGAUGGUUGUUGAAACAUCUAUCCGAACCUAUAAUUCAACCUGUGCUGAUAAUAUCAAAGCCGGUUUCGAUCAAAUGAGAAUUUUGUUUAAUACCAAGGAGGGAAGAGCAAAUUUGAGCACACUUUUCACGUGAGUUUUUGGGUGAGAGAGUUGAGGGAGUACUUUUCACUGUGUAUUUUUAUUCUUCAGAACUAGUGUAUAGUAUUUUUUUCAAAUUAGAGCGCACUUGCUCUACAGAAGAAUUCAGGCUCAUUUUUUAAGGAGUUUCCACUGCUUCACAAUUGUGCACUAAAUUUUUUUGGAUAGCCAAAAGUUUCAGAAUUUUUUGUGAUCUAUAAAUUUUAAGAGUCCUCAAAAUAUUUAUAUUCGGUUUGUAGAGAAUAAAAAAUCUGUACCUAAUUUUUUUUGAUAACCAAAAGUAUCAAAUUUUUUUUCUAUCAACAAAAUUUCAGAAAGUGUUUAGAUUCAUUUUGUAGAGAAUUUCAAGAGCUUCAAAAAUGUGUACCUAAAUUUUUUGGAUAGCCAAAAGUUUCAGAAUUUUUGCGAUUUAAAAUUUUUUUAGAAUCCUAAAAAUGUUUAUAUUCGGUUUGUAGAGAAUUUCAAGAGCUUCAAAAAUGUGUACCUAAAUUUUUUGUUAGCCAAAAGUUUCAGAAUUUUUUUGAUCUACAAAGCUUCAGAAUCCUAAAAGUUUUAGACUAGUUUUGUAGAGAAUUUCAAAAGCUACAAAAACGUGGAACAAAUUUUUUUGAUCAUUUCAUCUCAAGUGUUUUGUUUCCAGUCUCAAACCAGCAUUCGGUGACACAAUUCGCGAUGUUGACAAGCAAUACUUCUUCUCAACAAUCUAUUCCAACUUCCAAGGUGCAGUACAAUACAGUGGUGAUAAUACUGGUCCAUAUGCAUAUGGUUACGGUAUUCCGGAUAUGUGUAAUAUUAUGUUGAACUCGACAAACACUCCAAUUCAAAAUAUUGCCAAUUUCAACGUUUUCAUGACAACUUUCUAUAAUGUGAGUAGUUUUUUAGGCCAAGGCUUAGGCUUUCAGCUUUGGGCUCAUGUCUAAGUACCUAAAGCCCCCAAGAAAAUUUUAAAUUCAAAUAUUUUUCAGGGAGGUUUCGGAGGCACUGAUAACUUGUAUGAAGACAUGGUCGACGAUAUCAAAAAUGCUCAACAAUAUGGUCCUGAUUCAGCUGCUGGACUUUUGUGGACUUGGCAAACUUGCACUGAAUUUGGAUAUUUCCAAAGUUCCGACUCUGGAAAUGGUAUUUUUGGAUCUGCAUGUCCAGUAAAGUAAGCUAUAAUUUUGAAAUUCUAGAUGACCACACAGAAAAAUAUUUUUUCAGCAUGUUCGUUCAACUUUGCGAAGAUGUUUUUAAUGAUUUCAAUCGGGCUAGUAUUGAUGGAAUUAUUGAUUAUACCAAUUAUAGAUAUGGAUCAAGAAAUCAAUAUAGAGUAAGUUGAAGCUUAUUCAAAAGAUCUAGAAAAUUCAAAAAUAUUCUAGGGCACAAAUGUCGUGUUCCCAAACGGCAACGUCGAUCCAUGGCACGCUUUGGGACUUUACACAUACGGUGAAGAUACAAUUGUGCCAUAUUUAAUUGAUGGAACAGCUCAUUGUGCUGAUAUGUAUCCAGCACGACCUGAAGAUGUUCCAGGUCUCAAAAUUGUUCGAGACCUCGUUGACACCAAUAUUGCGCAAUGGUUGGCUCAGUAUAAUAGUGGAACAGUUCCCCCAACUUCUACAACAACAACAACAGUGAUUCCGGGAACACAGGGAACUGGAGCUACUGUUCCGGCCGGUAAUAGUUCAGUGGCGACGUCGACGACAACAGUUGCAGCAACAACUUCAGGAGCUAGUGGAAUAUCUGUUUUAUUAGUUUUUGCUUUGUCUUUUUUGUUUUGAAUUUUGAAUUCUGAUAUCUAUAUUUUAUGAAACAAUGAACUUUUGAUAAAAUUUCUGUGAGUUCAAAAGUCCAAAAUUCUGAAAAACGAAAAAAAAAUCAUACAUCAUGGUUUUGUAGGUCUUGAAAUUCCUUACAAAAUUAUCCUAAAUUCUUGUAAGGUUACUGUAGAUUUUCUCAGAGCAAGCGCGCCCUAAUGUUGAAAUUAAGCUAUUCAAAAAAAAAUUUUUUUUUAGCUCUUGAAGUUCUCUACAAAAUAGUCCUGACUUCUUCCGGGUUUUGAGCUUUUUGUAGAUCACAAAAAUAUCUGAAAAACUAACCAUGAAAUCUUGUAGGGUUACUGUAGACUCAAGAUCAAGUGCGCUCCAAUCAAAAUGUUCCAAAAUUGUAGUUCUUCACUUUCCUAAUUUCUUUAUGUCCAGCCAGCCGUUUAUCUUUUUUUUAUUUCUUUAUUUCUCCAUUUUCCAACCUGUUAUCAAGGUGUACUCUAGCCAUUCUCUACCCUCUCUCAUUUCACACACUCUCUCCUCUUCACAUUGAUUGCUAGAGUGUAGCAAGUGUUGAUUUUUUUUCUAUUUUGUUCGUUUUUUUUUGAAUUUUCGAUAAAAUUCCAAAUUUCCAGCCAAAAUGAAGUGCAGUAUUUGCGAUUCGUCUGCAACUUCACUGCAUUUUGGAGCGCCGAGUUGUAAAGCAUGUGCGGCAUUUUUUCGGAGAACUGUCGCGCUGGAUAUCACGUAUGAAUGUAUUACUGGGAAAAUGGAUUGUGAAGUGAAUUUUGGUGAGUUUUGUGAAAAUCUGAUUUUUUUUGACACCCCACAAGGGUUAUUUUUGAGAGUUCUUGAAAUCAAAAAUUCCAUUUUUCAGAGCGGCGAAUGGCUUGUAAACAUUGUAGAUAUGAAAAAUGUAUCAAAAAUAAUAUGAAGAGAGAUAGUAAGUUAUACUGCGAGUUUCUCUCUCCCAAAAACCAUUUUUUCAGUGGUGCAAUCUAAGAAAGGUCGUUAUGAAGCGGGAGUUUUGGAACGAGAAGAUAGUCCGUGCACUUCUUCAGCUUCCGAAGAAGUUCGCAAAUUCAUAGAUCAUAUUGUGAAAAUGGAUUCGAAUUUGAACAAAAGUCGAAGAAUGGCUUUUACUGAUUCGACGCUUUUUGAUAUUUUUAGCGGAACUUGUAAAAUGGUGGGUUUUUUGAAGUAGGAAAAAGUGUUUCUAGAUUUUUUUCGUUCUUAGAUUUUCAAGAUUUUUCUCCGGCCUUCAAAAAUGUUUUUAAUUUAAAAAGGCUCCCAGGUCUUAAUAACUUUUCUCCGAGAUUUUAAAUUUUUUAUUUUCAGAAACUUCUCCUCGACUUUCUAGAUUUUUUUUUAGACUCUGAAAAAUUAGAACAUUUUUUCAGUAGGCUUUUCGGCUUUCAAAAAAAAUCUCCCAGAUCGUCUAGAUUUUAUAUCGGGAGUCCAAUUACUUCAAAAAUUCUCCUAAGCUUUAUAGAAAUUUUCUCGAGUCUGAAAAAAAGUUCUAAAAAUUUUCCUAGGAUUUCUGGAAAUUUUCCCUAGCUUCAAUAAAAAUUCUGACUAUUUCCAGCCCUUCGAAAAACAUCAACUUCGCCCAUUCGACUUCCGAUUCUACAACGGUUAUCAGAAACAAGAAUACGUAAUGAUGUUCAAUUAUUCAAACGCGAUGCCCGAUUUCCAACAACUUUCAAAUGCCGAUCAAAACUUUCUAUUCAGAAUUGCUUGUGGCGUCGAUUUUGUAAUGAGCAGUGCAUUUUACACAUAUUGUAUUGGAAUUGAGAACAAUUUGCUGAUAAGUCACGAUGGAACUUAUAUUCAGAUGUUACCAUUGCCAUUGUCCGGAGAUGAACCUGGAGCUGCAUCGAUGUUUCCGAAAAAGGAUGAAUUUGAGAAGUAUAAGUCAGUUUGAUCUAUCAAAGAAUUAUGAAAAAUUGAUCCAGUGUUUUCUAGAAACCUUGUUCGCCCCAAAGUCAAAUCUUGGCUAGAAUUCGUCCCAUCAUUUGUUCGAAUGGAAUUCACAUUUGAAGAAAAUGCUCUUCUCAAAGCGCUGUGCUGUUGGCAUAUGGUAUAUUUCAACUUCGAUGAAGCUGGAAAAGAAAUCUGUAAUAAUCAGAAGACAAAAAUAAUGCAAAGUAUUUUGCAACAUUGUCAAGAUAAACGGGGCGAGGAAGAAGGUGCGAUUCGAGCUGGAGAAAUUGCACUUUUUGUAUCAUUGAUUAAUGUGAGUUUUGCUAAUUUGAAAGCUGAGCUCAUAAAAAUUCAAGUUUUUCAGGAUGAAGUAAUGGAACUGGUCAGCACCCUUAUCAUAAUGUCAUUUUUCGAAAUUAUGGAAGGCGACACUUUGAUUCAAGAAAUUUUACGGACAAGUAGUUUAUUCUCCUGA